AUGUCGAAAGUCGAUCGCCUGAUGAUCCAGGGCGUUCGCUCUUUCGGUCCAGAAAAAGGAGAGGUCAUUCAGUUCACUGCACCCCUUACACUCAUCGUCGGCUGGAACGGCUCUGGAAAGACAACCAUUAUCGAAUCUCUCAAGUAUGCGACUACCGGCGAGCUUCCGUCAAGCAGCAAGACUGGAGGCGCUUUCAUCCACGACCCAUCGCUCCGAAAUGAGAAGGAUGGUGUGGCGCAGGUCAAGCUGUCUUUCCGCUCUACUUCUGGUGUCCGCAUGGUCGCCACCCGUAGCAUGCAAAUCACCGUCAAGAAGACUACGAGGAGCCAGAAGACCCUAGAAGGCUCAUUGCUCAUGAUCAAAGACGGCGAAAAGCAUUCCAUCUCAACCCGUGUCGCCGAGCUUGAUCAGAUCAUCCCCCAGUAUCUCGGUGUAUCCAAAGCCAUCUUGGAAAACGUCAUCUUCUGCCAUCAAGAGGAUAGUCUGUGGCCCUUGAGCGAUGCGACUACCCUCAAGAAGAAGUUUGAUGAGAUUUUCGAAGCUUUGAAAUACACCAAAGCCAUCGACAACAUCAAAAAGAUCCGGAAGGACCGAAACGUCGAACUGGGCCAGCUCAAGAUCAUCGAGGCCAACGCCAAAGAGGACAAGACGCGCGCAGCGGACAGCGAGAGGCGGCAAGCUAAACUGUUUGACGAGAUCGAGACGCUGCGAGAGGACUACAACAACGUCGACAAGAAAUGGACUGAGGCAAAGCAGGAGUAUGAAGACGCCUACAACCACCAAGCGCGCUUCGUACAGAUCGUGGAACAGCUGAAGUCCAAGCGCCAGACGCUAGACAUCAACAGGGAAAAUGUUGCAGAGCUUCAAGACAGCAUCAAGGAGCUGGCUGAGUCGGACGAGGAACUCCAAGACAUGCUAGAUCAGUACGAAGAGCGCGUCGCAACAUACUCAACUCAGGCCAAAGAGUUCCGGAAUCAGUAUCUUGAGCUCAAGAACGACCUCGAAGACAACAGGGACGCCCUUGGAGCGAAGCAAAGCGAGAUCGGCAAGUACGAGGCGCAAAAGGAGCAGUAUGAGCGUCAGGUCCAACAUCGCGAGAACUCUAUCAAGGAAGCCGCUAAGCGACAUGCUGUGCGAGGAUUCGAUUACGACAUCACCGAGAAGCAGGUGGAAGAGUUCCAGCAGAUCCUAAAUAAGAUGUCUCGCGAUCAGAACAAGGUUCUGGAUCGAACUCGGGAGGAGACACAACGCAACCUACGUGAAGCCCAGGAAAAUCUCAAUCAGCUCAAAACACGUAAAUCGGGACUCAGCCAGAGCAAAGACUCCGCGCGGAGUCAGAUCACGAACAACGACAAGCGCAUCUCCGAUCUCCAGAGGACCAUGAACAACAUCAAGGCAGAUGAGGGCAGCGAAGCCAUUCUUCAAGAUAAGAAGCGAGAUGUCGAAAAGCAGCUUCAAAACGCAAUCGCAGCAGUGAACUCAGAACGCUACGACGAACGCAUAUCCGAAGCGUCCAACAACGUACGAACACUCGAAGACCAGAAGGAGCGCUUGACGAAUGAGUUUGGUGACGCUUCAAAGCAGGCUCGGGAGUCUGCAGCUAUCGAUGUCAAGCGAGAGGAGCUACAAACCCAGCAGCACAGCUUGGCGACCAUGAAGAAGGUUCACAAUGAGCGCCUUUCACAGCUGGUGGACUCUGACUGGGACCCCGCCACUUUAGAGACGACUUUCCAGCAGGUGCUGGCAGAGAAGGCAGGCAAGGUCAAGGAGGCUGGGUCUCGCCGCGAUAUUGCGCAGACCAAGUUGGGCAAAGUCACCUACCAGAUGUCAAGCUUGGGGUCGCAAUUGAAGCAGAACCGUGCCGACCUCCAAAAGUACGAAAAGACCGUGAAAGAAUCCAUACAGAAGGACGACAUCUCCGAUUUUGACGAGACUCUGCAAGACCUGGAGUAUGAUUACGAGCUAAAAUCUACAGACAAAGCCAAGUUCGAAGCACAGAUGGAGUACAUGAGCAAAUGCCUGCAAUACGCCGAAAAACACAACAUGUGCCGUCUCUGUAAGAGGACUCUUCACGAUGACCACGAUGAGGACUUUACAACUGCGGGCUUUGUCAGCGGACUCAAGAAAAUUAUUGCAAAGGCGAAGGAGGAUGUGGAGGAAGACAAUGUUGAUGAAAUCAUGGCCAAGCUUGAGACUGCUCGCAAGGCCAAACCUAGCUAUGAACUAGCGACUCGUCUGCGCGACACCGAACUUCCCGCACUCCAGACCAACCUCACCAAGCUGACUGCUGAGCGCGACGCUCUCAACAAACAGCUCGAAGACCAGGAUGCUGUCAUCCACGAUCUGGAGGCUGCGAAGCAAGAAGUUGAGUCGUUGUCAAAGGAGGUACAGACCAUUGUUGCCUACUAUAGCAGAGCGCAGGAGCUUGAGGCAGAAAUUAAAGAGUUAGCACGGAAACAAAAGUCUGCAGGGCUCUCUCGGGGCAUCGACGCAAUUCAGACCGAUCUGCAACGUGUGUCUGAUGAUAGCCGCAACGCUAGGACAAUGCUCGAGCAGCUUACGGCUGCCAGAGACAAGUCACGUAAUCAGAUCACGACCCUUGAGCUGAGCGUACGUGACAUCAACGCGGACCUGAGCAGCGCACAGUCAAAGCUGAAGGAGAAGCGGGAUCUCGCCGAUCGAGUAGAAGAACUCAAGCAGGAGAAUCACAAGCAACGUGAAGCCCUACGCAGCUUCGACCAGGACAUCAGUAACAUCGACCCCGAAAUCGAGCAAGCGCAGUACAAGUACGACGACAUCAACCGCCGUGGCAACGAUCGCGUUCAACGCGCUCACGAUGAAGCUGCUAGACUAUCCGACACUGUGCGCCAGCUCAACCAGGCGAACGAGGAAAUCGAUGCUUAUAUUAGUCGUGGUGGACCACAGCAGCUCGCACGUACCCAUCGAGAGAUUGAGAAUCUCCAAGGCGAGGUCGCACGUAUCGAAACUGACAUGUCCGAUUUGACUCGAAAGAUCAAAAAGCUCGAAGACACGGUGCGCGACACGGAAACGAACAAGCGCUCCAUCAGUGAGAAUUUACGCUAUCGGAAAGCCAAGCGCUCCCUCGACAGCCUAGAAGUCGAGAUCCGAAAGCUAGAAGAGCUCGGUGCUGAGCGUGACAAGGCACACUACGAGCAGCAAGCCGACCACUGGGAUCUUCAAGUACGAGAUCUCAAUCUCAGGAAGGCAACUCUGGAGCGCGACAUGAAGAACAAGGAUGACCAGCUUACGGAUCUCAUGACGGAGUAUGAGAAAAUCUACAAAAAGGCGGCUGAGCAAUACCGCGAGGCUCACAUCAAGGUCGAAACUACCAAAGCCGCCAUCGACGACCUGGGGCGCUAUGCUGGCGCUCUGGACAAGGCAAUCAUGAAGUAUCACACGCUCAAGAUGGAAGAGAUCAACACCAUUCUCGCUGAGCUGUGGCGCAACGCGUACCAAGGUACGGACGUGGACGCUAUCCGCAUCGUAUCCGAUGGCGAUGGCAAAGGUAACCGGACAUACAACUACCGUGUCGUAAUGGUAAAGCAAGACACCGAGAUGGACAUGCGAGGCCGCUGUUCCGCAGGCCAAAAAGUCCUCGCUUCAAUCGUCAUCCGCCUCGCGCUCGCAGAAUGUUUCGGCACAAACUGCGGUCUCAUCGCGCUCGACGAACCCACCACCAACCUGGAUCAGCAGAACAUCAAGGGUCUCGCCGAGUCCUUGUCUCAGAUCAUCCAGAGCCGCAGGAAGCAGGCCAACUUCCAGCUGCUGGUCAUCACGCACGACGAGCAGUUUCUCCGCGAGAUGAACUGCGCGGACUACACCGACUCGUACUGGCGCGUCGGUAGAGAUGUAAAGCAGGAGAGCUAUAUCGAGCGCCAGAACAUUGCUGAGGUAACUGCACUCCAACCCCCCUUGAUGCUCGCGCAGAGCAGGCACUCCCUCUUGAAUAGGAUUCGUUUUGAAGAAUGA